CUUUCCAUAUUUAGCUCUCAAAGAGAUCUCAGCUUAUUCUGCACCUAAUAGUAAUAACAAUCUCAGAUUUUUUUCCCUUUCGGGUUUUUCCGAUUGCCAGCACCGCUUAAAUUUUAUUCAUCAGGGUACAGGCACGCCCCAGAUUUUGAUCUUCAACUGUUUUUCUAUAUUUCUGGCAAAAGGGUCUUCAAUGGCAUCGGAAAUAGCAGUCAAAUCUUCAAGCAGAAGAAGCUUUUUCAUGGCCCAAGUGAUUCUCAGAAUUCUAGCCAUUGCUUUCACUCUGGCUGCAAUCUCUAUCAUGCUCAGCAGCACCGAAUCACUUAUGAUACUUGGAAUCAAAAUUGUCGCCACUUACAGUAACUCAUCUGCACUGAGGUUCUUGCUUGGUGCUAAUAUCACAGGGUGUAUAUUAUCAUUCCUAUCACUGAUCUUUGUGUGCUUUAUUAGCCGUUCAGAAUCAUACCUAAAGAAAUGUUUUUAUCUAUUUCUGCAUGACAUGGCGAUAAUGGUGUUGCUGAUAUCUGGAUGUGCUGCUGCAAGUGCAAUUGGUUAUGUGAGUGUACAUGGAGAAGCAAAAAUUGGUUGGAUGGCUGUCUGUGACAUUGCCAGCAAAUUUUGCAACCGAGUGAUGAUAUCUCUAGGGUUGUCUUACUUGGGUUUCUUCUCCUAUUUGGCACUUACGAUAAUGGCUGCCAGAAUAUUCAUGUCUCCUGCUUCUGAGAGACGAACAAAUGAAGGAUGAGAAUUAAAGAUUGGAACUAUAAAAGAGAAGAAUGUCUCAGUUUCAGCAUUGGAAUGAUUUUUUUUCAGAAUUGGAAAUGCGUUUGUCCUAAAAUGUCUUCCAUGUUCGUCUAUUGUCAUUCUGAUUUUCAUUUAAUCUUUUCACAAACAACUUAGUUGAUAUUAUCC